AUGUUUCGAUGGCUUCAAUUCGCGAUCCUCGCACUGCUCGCAGCCAGCGCAAUUGCAGUUCAAACAAUCGUUGUCAAAGGUUCAGAUCUCGUAAACUCGGUCACUGGAGCUAGAUUUCAGAUCGUGGGAGUCGCAUACCAGCCGGGAGGUUCCUCUGGUUACAAUCCUGGAAGUGGUGUUGAUCCGUUGAGUGAUGCCGGUGUUUGUUUACGCGACGCGGCGUUGAUGCAGCGAUUGGGCGUCAAUGCGAUUCGAGUCUACAAUGUUGAUCCGAAUAUAAACCAUGAUGGUUGCGCCAGCAUUUUCAACGCCGUUGGAAUAUAUAUGCUGGUUGACGUCAAUUCUCCUCUGACUGGCGAGAGUCUCGAUCGCACCGCACCGUGGGAGAGUUACUAUGUAGGAUAUGUCAACAGAACUUUUGCCGUCGUCGAGGCAUUCAAAAGCUACCCAAACACUUUGCUGUUCUUCUCCGGAAAUGAGGUUGUCAACGAUCUGGAUACGGGAAAGGCAGUUCCUCCAUACCUGAGAGCCAUCACUCGAGACCUCAAGGACUAUAUUGCGAAACAUUCGACCAGAGUAAUUCCGGUGGGCUAUUCUGCAGCCGAUGUUCGUGAGAACCUUCUCGACACUUGGAACUACCUGCAGUGCACAACAACAGGGGACAACUCGGACCCUUCCAGAGUUGACGUCUUCGCACUGAACUCCUACAGCUGGUGUGGCGAGUCCACCUUCCAGACGUCCGGGUAUGAUGCCCUGGUGUCAAGCUUUGCCAACAGUAGCGUCCCUGUGUUCUUUUCCGAAUAUGGAUGCAAUGUACCUUACCCACGAGUGUUUACCGAAGUUCCUUCUCUGUACGGAUCUCAGGUCACGCCUGUCCUUUCCGGUGGGCUAGUAUACGAGUAUACAGAGGAGGCGUCGAAUUAUGGUCUUGUGACGCUGAAUAGCGACGGAAGUGCCGAUCUCCUCGCGGAUUACGAGACACUGCAGAAGCAGUUUAGUAGCCUCAACGGAAGCGCCCUCCAGAGCAUGGCUGCUGCCGGUGCCAUGAAAACUGCGCCGAACUGCACCGCUUCGCUGAUCGUCAAUACGGGGUUUGCAAACAAUUUCACAAUCCCAGACAUGCCUCCCGGAGUCGCGGAUCUUAUCAAGAGCGGCAUCAAGAAUGCUCCUGUGGGGAAAAUUAUCCCAGUGACGGCUACCAAGGUUACUCAGCAGGUCAAGGCGAGCAACGGGAAUGUGAUGCAGAACCUGGCUAUCACCCCCUUGCCCAGUGACGCGAGUAACACCCCCAAUUCGAUACAGCCGUCGACCACCACAAGUGCCACUCCAGCCGCUACCACGACGAAGAAGGCCGGUGCUGGAAAGUUGCGGGCCCGCUCUGCGUUGUUAUUUGGGGUAGCGGCCCUUGUGGUGGGAUGGACAUCUUUGCUCUGA